AUGGAGUUGGGUUCCACUCUAUGGAUACUGGCCUCAUAUAUCAGCCUUUUGAUUCUGUGUUGGGUGUUUGCCUGGGUGCUGUAUUAUGACCUGACCAGGACACACCUUCCAACAGAAAUUAGGCAGCGUACAAAACUGCGGUGUAUUACCUUGCUUGCGACUUUUCUGAUGACCCUGGCGGCAGGGGCUGAGAAAAUUGGCAUUUGCAAUCGGUACAAAAUCUGGAGGCUGGCGUUGAAUGGCAUCCCGCCAUUGACCAAGUCCGGACUGGUCAUUAAGGAUCUCCUUUUCGAUGGGGUUCCAGUAAGGGUUUAUUGGCCCAAAACCAAAGCCGCCGGGAACAGGAGAGGAGUAAUCUAUAUUCCCGGAGGAGUUGGCCUCCUGGGAAGCAGAGCAGCGUACGAAAGGGUGUGCCGCUACAUCGCCCGAGAAAGUGAUUCGGUGGUUGUAAGUGUUGGGUAUCGCUUGGCUCCUGAGCAUCUGUAUCCGCUUCCGGUACUAGACUGUUGCACCGUUGCAACCCAUUUUUUGAAGAACGCAUUGGACUAUGGGGUGGACCCCAGCCACAUUACCAUUGGUGGGGAUAGUAGCGGAGCCACAUUUGCUGCCGCCGUCUGCCAACGUCUUACGGCCAGGAAGGAUCUCCCAAGGCUCCGAGGUCAGGUCCUGCUCUACCCGUUCCUGCAAGCGUUGGACUUCAAUCUGCCUUCCUAUCAGCAAAACCAUUUGGUUCCCCCUCUGUUUAAGAAAAGGGCUGUCAAACUUGGCUUGAUGUACCUGACCGGGAAGUAUGAGAACAUGGACCGGAUUAUGAAGAACGCCCAUGUUCCCAAGGAUUUGUGGUCCAAGUAUCGGAAAUGGAUUAGCGCUGACCACAUCCCGGAGGAAUUCAAGGCCAGGGGCUACGUGCCGUUUGAGCCGCCUCCGUUUUGCGAAGACCUCCAUGCGAUUUGCAAAAAGGGCUUUGACCCUAUGUUUUCCCCGCUUCUAGCUGAAGACGAGGCGAUCCGCAGACUCCCCAAGACUUUCAUAUUAACAUGCGAAUAUGAUGUUGUCCGGGAUGAUGGGUUAUUGUACAAGAAACGUCUAGAGGACAACGGUGUGCCGGUGACGUGGCAUCAUGUGAAGGACGGGUUUCAUGGAAUAGUAUUCUUUAUCGACUAUGGCCCCUUUGAAUUCCAAAGCUCCCGGAGCAGUUUGAAACAUCUGACGCACUUCUUAGAAGGUUUAUAG